AAGAAGAAGGAGUUUGUCCACAUUAUGAUUAUAAAAAAGAAGUAGUUAAGCUUAAUAAUCGUUAUAAUAAACAAAUUGAAGAUAUUACUUUUCGAUUACUCGAAGAUCAAAAAGAAGAAAGACGAAAGGAAAGAGAAACUUUAGAAAAAGAAAGACAAAAAGAAAGAGAAACUUUAGAAAAAGAAAGACAAAAAGAAAGAGAACCCUUAGAAAAGAAAGAAAAAUAUGAAAGAGAAGAGAGAGAAAAAGAACGAGAAGAGAGAGAGAAAGGAACUGCGGAUCUAGAGAAUGUAGAUCCUACACCGCGGCACCAGGGACCCGGGACAUUAUAUGACGUACUUAACGGAGCAUGA